UGGACUUCCCUAUUUCUCCUGAAGAAAUCUCUGCUGGACAACAGGAAUUUUGUUGGGACAACUAUGAUGUUUCCCUGCGCUGCUCUGUCGCCUACUCUUUACCCGGGUUUCCUGCGUGUCCCUGCUACUCUCUCCGCGUCACUGAGCGAAUCGGCGGCUCAGGGAAGAGGAACCGGCUUUCUGGUAGAAGAUCACAUAAGCCAACAUGUCGGCUACAUACAUCGAACUUUCUCGUCCCUUAGUUCCGGAGACAUUCUGCCGUUCAGUGCGGGGUCAAGGUCCUUUCCACGUACAACAGAACCAAGCACGGAGACAUCCGGUCAACUCAGCCGCAGCAGCCCCGGAUCUGUGUACGCAGCCAGCCCGGACUACCUGAAGUUCGGCGUCGGUACGAUCCUGGCACCUUCUACAUGGAGUCUCCAGAAUCUUCAGACAAAGUCGCUCUCUCUGCCUUUUUUAGACAGAAGCCUUUAUCCUUACAUCAGAGCCUCUGAUUUCACAGCCUCUGCCUCUGUGGUUCCUGUCCCAGGAACAUUUUCAUGGCCCCUAAGCCCCAGAGGGAAGCCCAGGAGGGGCAUGCUGCGGCGGGCUGUGUUCUCAGACCUCCAAAGAAAAGGUUUGGAGAGAACCUUCGAGAAGCAAAAAUAUAUUAGCAAACCAGACAGGAAGAAGCUCGCCAGUAAACUGGAUCUUAAAGACACCCAGGUGAAAAUCUGGUUCCAAAACCGCAGGAUGAAAUGGAGAAACUCCAAGGAGAGGGAGCUGCUGUCAACGGGCGGCUGUCGGCAGCAAACCCUCCCCACCAAAACCAAUCCCCACCCAGAUCUCACUGAUGUGGGCAGCACGUACAGCCACAGGCUGAGCAGGAUUGCACCAUACAACCACGAGUCGCAUCUCUGUUGUCAUCAUCGUAACCCUUCGACUCUAUCAGAGUCAGGCAAACAAUCAGAACUGUCACAGUCAGACAGUGAAGAAAUCACAGUUUUAUAAGAGAUUCAGAUUAAUGGAGUAUUCCUAGAAGAUGAUGGAAGUAAAUGAAUUAGCUCUCCAUUUUGCCCUCUAUUUUUUGUACAGUGUUGUGUAUAUUACCUUUAUAGCAUAUCUGCACACACUAAUUAAAGUAUA